GGCAAAAGAAAAAAAAAAGGUUUUUAUCGUGACAAAAUUGGUCACGCGGUGCUUAAUAAAAAAGAAGAAGAAGAAGGUUUAGGCAAAACUUAUGGGUGCCCACGGUUUCUGUUGUUGCUGGUUGCUUGUUUUUGUAGACGUAGAGAGUUAGUUUUGUUCAAUUCAUUUAAUUUUACGACUGACAAUUGGAAUUUCGAAACCAAUUUUCAAAUCUUGUGCAGACAAAUCCAAUUUUUUUUAUUCUUUUGGACUCAUCAACCCUUAUCCAAACUUGACGUAAUUUUACAUUGCCCCAGCCAAUCUUGAAUAUAAAAACUGGGCUUUUUAAUUUUCAUUCUGGGAUAAAAUUUUAGUGCCAUGUUACUUUUCUUAGCCCAACAUUAGGGGUUUCUAAUUACUGUACUGUGGAUAAAUCCGAAGUUGAAGGUGAUAUGGUGGUCAAAGCAAAUAGUAAAUACAAAAGUUAAUUGGUGGGUACCCUCUCAGGAAGUAAGGUUAGGGUUAUAUCUACGCUAGGGUUAGAUCUGUUCAAUCUGAUUCUGAAUUUUUAGUUGUCUAAUUCUAAAAUUUAUGAGGUUUAGAUUUAUGAGUAUUUAUAUGCAAAGAUUUUCUUAUGUGGGUUGCUGAUUAAUAUUUCUAUUUUAUGGGAAACUGAUUUCUUGUGCAAUAUUUGGGUGUAGUUUGGAGUCUGAGCAGCUCUAGGUCAACGGAGAAUUAGAUCUUUGGAUCAAGAAUUUAGGACUUGGCCAGCUAUUGAGCACUUAAUCAGAUUGAUAGCCAGACAACAUGAGUUGGAGAAAUCUUUGGAAACAUUGUUGAUGGUGAUGGGAACAGAACUUGUAAGAACUUGUAUUAAAGAAGAAAACAUGGAUAUUCCAUCCAUUCCACCUGGGUUUGAGUCAAUUGCUCCAUUCACUCUGAAGAAGGUGGAAGAUAAAGAUAUAAAAGUGGAUCAUUCACCAUCUGCUAGUGGUUCUGAAUCACAGUCAACCCGCAUGGAAAUUGAAAUUGAAUACAGCAAGGAAGGUAAAAUUGCAAAGACCCUCAGGCGCAGACCUUGGAUAAAUUACUGCCAUCUGGAUAACAGUUCAGGGGAUGAAUCUGACUCUGAGCAGGUUUUGAAGCUUUUAAAGUUCCGGCUUCCAAAAGGGGUAAUUCGUGGAUGUGAUGAGUGUGUCAACUGCCAAAAGGUAACUGCUAAAUGGCGUCCUGAAGAAGCAUGCAGGCCUGAUCUUAAGGAGGUUCCAGUCUUCUAUCCAUCUGAAGAGGAGUUCGAAGACACUUUGAAAUAUAUAGCAAGCAUACGUUCUAAAGCAGAAGCAUAUGGGAUUUGCCGCAUUGUGCCACCCCCCUCAUGGAAACCUCCCUGUCCUCUCAAGCAAAAGCAUAAAUGGGAGAAUUCAAAGUUUUCAACUCGUAUUCAGCGGAUUGACAAACUUCAAAAUCGGGAUUCAACAUUAAAGGUGUUAAAAGUUAAUCAUCAGAAGAGGAAGAAAAGGAGAAGAUGCACUAAAGCUGGAGUAGACCAUGGAAAUGGUAGUGGAGACGCUAAGAUCCCUGGUGAUUUUGGAAUGUAUGAGGCUGAGAGAUUUGGGUUUGAACCUGGUCCAGAGAUUACUCUGCAUGCGUUUGAGGAGUAUGCUGAUGAUUUCAAGACGCAAUAUUUCAGCAAAAGUGAUACUACUUCGGACCCAGGAGGAAAGAUGAACAUGACCCUUGACCAGCGGGAACCCUCAGUGGCGGAUAUUGAGGGUGAAUAUUGGCGGAUGGUAGAGAGACCUACAGAAGAAAUUGAGGUGCUUUAUGGGGCUGACUUGGAAACUGGAGAAUUUGGCAGCGGGUUUCCAAAAAACUCUGAUCAAGUUGGCUCUUCUUCUGAUGCAAAGUAUGUGACUUCUGGAUGGAAUUUGAAUAACUUCCCUAGGCUCUCAGGUUCUGUUCUCUCAUAUGAGAGCAGUGACAUAUCAGGUGUCCUCGUGCCUUGGCUCUACGUAGGAAUGUGUUUCUCAUCAUUCUGUUGGCAUGUUGAAGAUCACCACUUGUACUCGUUAAAUUACAUGCACUGGGGAGCUCCAAAAUUGUGGUAUGGUGUUCCAGGAGCAGAUGCUCUGAAACUGGAGGCAGCUAUGAGGAAGCAUUUGCCUGACCUUUUUGAAGAACAGCCUGACUUGCUCCAUAAAUUGGUAACUCAACUUUCUCCUUCCAUACUGAAAGCAGAGGGAGUGCCUGUCUAUCGAUGCAUCCAAAAUCCUGGAGAGUUUGUUUUAACUUUCCCUCGAGCGUACCAUGCAGGGUUCAAUUGUGGCUUUAAUUGUGCCGAAGCAGUAAAUGUAGCUCCUGUUGACUGGUUACCUCAUGGCCAGAAUGCUAUUGAACUUUACCGUGAGCAGGGCCGGAAGACAUCGAUAUCCCAUGAUAAAUUAUUGUUGGGGGCUGCAAGGGAAGCAGUAAAGGCACAUUGGGAACUUAGUUUAUUAAGGAAGAACACUUCAGCCAAUUUAAGAUGGCGGGAUGUGUGUGGUAAGGAUGGGAUCUUAUCUAAAGCAUUGAAGUCACGAGUGGAGACGGAGAGGGUUAGAAGGGAAUUUCUUUGCAGUUCUUCACAGGCACUAAAGAUGGAGAGCAGUUUUGAUGCUACCAGUGAGAGAGAGUGCAGUGUAUGCUUUUUUGAUCUGCAUCUGUCUGCUGCAGGUUGUCACUACUGUUCACCAGAUAAAUACGCAUGCUUAAACCAUGCAAAACAGCUGUGUUCAUGUUCCUGGGGCGCUAAAUUUUUCCUCUUCCGUUAUGACAUUAAUGAAUUGAAUAUGUUGGUUGAAGCUUUGGAAGGAAAGUUAAGCUCAAUAUACCGAUGGGCAAGACUUGAUCUAGGACUAGCCCUGACUUCUAUGACUAGGGAGAAUUCACAAGCACCUGGGCUUGUUGGUAAGGUAUCCUGUACCCCUGAAGGAGCUGCACCCAAAGGACCAAAUUUGCAACCAGACACAACUUCUUUAAAUGAUCAGAAAGCAAAGGGAAAUGCAGGGAUUGUGAAUACCACAAAGGCCAUUUGCCAGCAAACUUUGCAGCCAGAGAUAACUUCUUUAAAUGAUCAGAAAGUAAAGGGAAAUGCAGGGAUUUUGAAUACCACAAAGGCUAUUUGCCAGCCAACUUUGGUGCAAAAAGAGAAGCUAACUGGAGAGUUAUUAGCUUCAGAUAAGUUGAAAACUUUCUCCAUCUUAGACAACUCUUCACAAAACGUUGUUGAUGCAAAACCUAGGCAGCAGUUCAAAAGGGUGCCUUCUCCUGAUGUUGAAGCUCGUUCCAGAGGAAAGCCAUCGAGCACAGGAAAUUCAUUUUCUAGACCUGAAGUGAAGAAUGGUUCACUUAAAGGGAAUGAUGAUAUUAUACUCCUUAGUGAUGAUGAAGGAGAGGAGCUGAGCAUGAAACUGUCUGAAAAAGCAGUGGGCGUUCCCAAAGAAAAGGUUAGUUGUUCUAGUAAGAAUAUGACAUCAACAAAUAGGACGGCCAAUGUACCUUUGAUGAGUCCAAAAUUGUCCACCUCAGAGUGUGUAAAAGCCGAAGAUCUUACACUGGGUGAGAGAAAUCUUGAGCUGAAUCUGCAAGAUCAUAUUCCCCACAGUAUUUCCUUAACCAAUACAGGUGCUGAUAAAAAUACAGAGGGCUUUUCAGGUCAAAUAGAGAACCGUCAAUGUAACUUGCCAAGUGCGAGUAUUAACUCUCUUCGUCCACAGCCAUGUGAUGGUGAGAAGGCUAAUAAUGAAGAUAGGCUCAUAAAGUUGGAAGUAGAUGGCAACUCAAGGCCAAUAGAUAAUUUACAAAACCUUUCAUCUAAUGCAUCUGGAUCUCAGAAUAAUUUGGAUAGAUAUUAUCGGCAAAAAGGUCCUCGAAUUGCUAAGGUAGUUAGACGAAUCAAUUGUAAUGUUGAACCUUUGGAGUUUGGAAAAGUGAGUCCCGGAAAGUUGUGGUGUGAUAGUCGGGCUGUCUACCCCAAAGGAUUCAAGAGUCGUGUGAGAUAUAUAAAUCUUUUGGAUCCAACAAACAUGUGCUACUAUGUCUCUGAAAUUCUGGAUGCUGGAAAGGAAGGACCCUUGUUCAUGGUCUCAUUGGAAGAUUCUCCAAGUGAAGUAUUUGUCCAUGUUUCACCUGCUAGAUGCUGGGAAUUGGUUCGUGAGAGAGUGAAUCAAGAGAUUGCUAAGCAGCAUAAGUUAGGAAAAUUGAAGCUCCCUCCUUUGCAGCCUCCUGGAAGUCUUGAUGGCAUGGAAAUGUUUGGUUUCUCUUCACCAGCAAUUGUGCAGGUUAUUCAGGCGAUGGACCGGAAUAGGGUGUGUACAGAGUAUUGGAAGUCAAGGCCUCUGAUGCAGAUUCCACAACACGCUAAACCUGGAGACACUCUGGGAAACUUGUCUUUGAAGACAGAAGUGUCAAACCAUCAAGAGACCAACCAAAGGCAGUCGGUUCCCGUUGCUGUUGAUACAAAAAUUACCAGCCUAUUUAAAAAGGCUGCUCUUGAAGAGCUCCAGGCUCUGUACAGUAUUUUGAGCAACAAUAAUAAUCCGGUCAGUGGCCAAAACUUAGUAACUCGGCUUCUUACUGAAGAGGUUCAUAGGCGCCAAGAUAAUUAGUCCACAUUCUGAGUUUCAUUAGUACCAUCCCCAAGAUGAUCCCUUCUCAUUCUCAUUGUUGAGUCUGGAUUUCCCAUAACAAAUUCUUUUUAUUAUUUUUCUUUUUUGUUCUUGAAACUUUGUAAAUGCUGAGUACCAUUUUUAGGCCACACAUGACGGCUUCCAGUGGAUCUGGCUCUCUCAUAAGUUUUGUACUUGAUUGUACCUGAGAGUCUAGUUUCAUCAGGUACAUAUUGGAAUUCUGAUAAUCGCAUUCUUUCAGGUGAUAGAAAGGAAAUUCACAUUUUUUGAAUC